AUUUUUCUUCUAUUCCUUUUUCCUUUUCUCUUCCAUCCUAUUGUCAUAAUUAUGCUUGUUUUGGGCCAUGUCUACGCAAUUAUUUUCUCCAGUUUGUUUCUUCCAGAAUCCAAUGGCUUUCAAUGAAAUAUGUCAGGCAACCACGUGGAUUUUUUAUAUAACCCUGUUUGGAGUUUGUUAGCCAAUUUCAAUCUCAGUCGUCAGCCUAGGGAAGUAGACCAUCUACCUCUGAUAAUCAGCAAAGUCAAGGGACCCUCAUUCCUUCUCAGCUGAAGCCUAUUAUAGAUACGAUCACUUCCUCCAUGGUCGGUGACUUGACUUUGCUGGCUGUCAGGGGGAAAAUGGCUGUCAAUUGACAAUGAAAAGGAUUAAAACUCUUAACAGUCAAACUCUGGUUAAAGCUAUCUCAUCACAAAGAAACUCCAGUUUGAGACAUCCAGCUCCCAGAAGGUGUCCUAAAACUGUAACUAACCUUUUAAUGUAAAGUCCAUUUAUUUAUCCCAAAGAGUUCCAACCUAUUUUCCCUAAAAGGUAUGUAAAGAUGUCCUUACCAGUAAUGCUUUAGCUUUAGAUAAAACUUCUCAAAAUUAAAACUGCACACGUAUAAUUGAAACUCAAUGCAGAUGCUCAGGGAAGGUCUGGGAAGUGCUAAAUGAUCCAGGAAAAGACAUUUUUUCCACAGUUGGAUAUUUUUAAACUCUUAUAAACUCUUAAACUCUUAUAAAGGUCUCUCACACUGAUGGCAUAAUUUCUUUCCUAGAAACUUGCCCAUGGUUUCCCUUAGCAGCAUACUCUAGCCAAAAUAAACUUGUGCUUUCUAUAUUAUUUGUCUUUUGGUAAAUUGUUUCAUAGCCCACCGUACUAGCCCUCCAUACAACUUCCCACACAACUGGUAUAGAUCACAGCAAUAGAACAGAGCAAAAAUAGAUCUAACACUGGCUUUAAGAAACCUGUACUGAAAAACAGGAAGUGACUGCCAUGAAUGACAGUCAAAACUCUAUUUAUAGUGUCCUCAUCAAGCUGGGAAACCUCUCCUUGCUGAGGUUCAGCUUUCUUAAAGCUUGGGGAAGAUGUUUCUAUAAUCAAUCAAUCAGCCAGCUGACCAUGUGGUUGUCUAUCAAGGCAGACCCCAUCAGCCCAGUGGUAGAUCCCAAGAAGCCUGAAACCCAGCAAGUUUUUAUAGAAAUGGUGAAACAAGUUUUGUCUUUGAAAACUUGUACAUUUUUGACUUAGAUCUUUCUCAGAAGUCUAAUAGGAUCUUUGCUGUCUUCAGUGGGUUUCUUAAAAGACUUAGCCCCUGGGCUUGAGAAGCAGUUGGCUCACAGCGUCACAAUUUGUUUCACUUCUUGUUCACCUUUCACAGGGUGUCUGACCAUCGAGACACGGGUCGGACGUGUAUGCUCAGUUGGCUUAGCUCAGGGAGGGGGCUGAGUAGAAUGGGAGUUAGGUCAUGCGAUACGAGAAAAACGUUUGUUGCUCAGUCUGCAUUCCUAAGUGACUAUUGUGCUCUCUGAGUCCUAGACAUGUUCUUCUUUAUAGUUUUACCGCCUAUAUUCUAAUUAUAGAAACAGAUAUUUGUGAUUUUUGUCUUGUUGUAUUCACAGAUACUUAAAAAAUGUGUUAUGGCAAUUUCAAAGAAAUGUGCAUCAUAGCACAACAACGACUAAUGCUUCUAGAUUGUAGUGUCUCUGCCUACUUUUAAAGCAUUCAAUGCUGACAAAAACCUUGGGAGAUAGAAAAUAUUAUUAUCCCCACUGUUAGAGGGUAAAAUGAAGUGCAGAGAAGUUCACAGUCUUGGUAAGGGUAAGUGGGAGAACUAGGCCUCAACAUGGACAGAUUGACGAUUGAUCAGUGCUUUUAAUUCAUUGACCCCUGACAAAUGUGACAAGGAGGAAAAUGAACUGCUGAGAGACAGCUAGAAGAGAGGAAGGAUCCACAAAAGCCAAAAAAACAAAACAAAAAAAACCCAACUCCUCCAAAACCCCAAACAUCAAUUCUGAAAAAGGGGUCAUAGAAAACUUCUCAGUAGUUCAGCCUCUUCCAUUACCCUUCAGGUUCGUGUGAUUACAUUCGCCUUCAUGGAGCCUCAGUGAAUGGACCAAGGGGUCAUAAUGUUACUGCGUCUUUCCCACUACUAAGUUCCACAAUUCUAUUGUCCUGGAAUUGCAAUGUCUGGGUGCAAAAAUUGAGCAGCUUUGAAUGUGUUAUGGGUUGCAAAAGGAGCUGUAAUUUAGUCGUCCCCCCUUCUGUUUCUUGAUGGUGUGAAAGACAAUGGGCUUCUUCCAGCCCUCAAUGACUUCAAUAAUUUCUUCUACAGCCUGGUCUUUUAAGUCUGAUAGUCAGACACAGGAAAUGUGCUAGACCAAAUCAUUGGCUCCUCUGCCUGUGGCUGCAGCGUUCCAGCCUGGAUCCUGAAACUCCAUUCCUGGCUGGGAGGGAAGUGGGUGCAGACUCUGCAGGUAUCGGGGUCGCAGAGACCCAGGUUCAGGUUUCUCCUGUGCCACUUACUGUGAAGGUCUGGGCACAGUACUCACCUCUCUGUGUGGGUCACGUGCAAACUACUAGGAAAAAAAGCCCCUUCAGGUGCAAGUUUCUAGGAGUCAGCAGGUGUGUGUGACAGGCGUCACCCACAGCGCCUCCACUUACUCCCCAGUCUCCAUGAGGAUGUGAGCAUCCCUGCGGGUGGGGACUGACGCUCAAGCACAGUUCUUUCAUCCCAGUGCCGAAAAGAGUGUCCUGCUUAUUUUUAAAUGGAGAGAAAAAGGAAAUGCAAAGUAACUUCCGGCCUCUCAGAAUCCAGACCACACAGCUCUGCACUCAGGCAGCAGCGCCUCAGAGCCAUGCGGUGACAAAGCCGUGCUGCCCUCUGUCUUCCGAAGGGAGAAUCGCUCUGAGGGCUCGAUCUGAAACCGAAAGUAAAAACCAGGAAACAGAAACUCCUCUGAAAAGGCAGCCAGAAACUUCUCCUAGUGGGGAGGGAGUGAGCUGACGUGGACGCAUUUCCCAAAACGCUAACUUUGGACCCGAGAGGGAGAGGGAGGAUGGUUUUGGACAUUAGAACGUGGGAGCAGACCUUUCAAGAACUGAUCCAGCAGGAGAAACCCUGGGCCAAGUGGACCCUGAGGCUGAAGGAAGAAAUCGAGGCUGAUUCUGUGGCCCCCGAGUGGAAGCAACACCAGCAGACAGCAGUUGGCAGGUUCUGGUGUACCUCGUGUCAUCAAAGUUGGGAUUCUGCCCAGGUGAAGAUCCUGUGCCACGUGUACUGGGAGCACUGGACGUGCCAGGGCCAGGUGCUUAUGCGGAUUUUUGCUCAGAGGUGCCCGAAGUGUUUUUGUUCCCAACUUGAGAAUCCUAAGUUCUCUACCAAUAGCAUCAUGAAGAUUCUAGAAAACCUGGCACAGUAUAUUCUGCACAGAUACUAUGGACAUGGCUUCAGGGAACGGCCAGUGAUCUGGGCGGUGCCUCUGCAAGGGCCCCAUGACACACGCAAAUGUCAGUCCUGCCUUGGAGGCGUGUGUGUGCAGGGCUCACAAAGACGUAUAAUAGCAAAGCCAUCCACUUCCUCUCCCCACUCCCUGGAGACUCAGAGUUCUUCAUCUCAGAUUGGUGAUGUAUUAGGUGAAGAUAGACCCAGGCGUCCCUUGACCACUCUUGAGAUCUUCUUUAUUGUUGUUGCCAUCUUGAGUGCCUUAAUUUGUGGUCAAAUUGUUAAACGCUGAUUACCUUCUUCUCUUGUGUUAAUUGCAUGAUAAUCAAUAAACUAGGCGCAAUUUUAAUAUGACAGACUGUGACCAAGUCCAUAAUGGACC